ACGGAUGUCUGUUGGCGGUACACACAGAGUUCCUGUAUUUUUGAGAUGGCGGUCAGAGCGGUGUAUGGAAGAGCAGAAUAAAUACCUUUUCCUACCAUCUUUGGACUUGCUCGUUUUGAGCCUACGUAUUUUAUUCAAAUAUCACUUUUUCUUCCAAAAGUGGGGGCGGCAUGGAGGGUGGUAAACCGUCCCUGGCAUUGGUUUAUCAGGCCGUGCAGGCUCUAUACCACGACCCAGAUCCCGCCGGCAAGGAGCGGGCCUCCCUGUGGCUUGAAGAGUUUCAGAGAUCGAUGUACGCUUGGGAAAUAUCAGAUCAAUUACUUCAGUUAAAGCAGGACGUGGAAUCUUGUUAUUUUGCAGCACAAACAAUGAAGAUGAAAAUUCAGACCUCUUUUUAUGAGCUUCCUCCAGACACACACAUUGCUCUGAGGGACUCACUGCUUUCACAUAUUCAAAAUUUAAAAGAUUUAUCUCCUGUCAUAGUUACUCAGCUCGCCCUAGCAAUAGCUGAUCUUGCUCUGCAAAUGGCAUCUUGGAAGGGGUGCGUUCAAACUCUCAUAGAAAAAUACAGCAAUGAAGUCUCCUCACUCAUGUUUCUAAUUGAAAUAUUAACUGUUCUGCCCGAAGAAGUGCACAGUCGUUCUUUGAGAAUCGGUGCCAACCGCCGUACAGAGAUCAUUGAAGAACUUGCCUAUUACUCUAGCACUGUUAUAAGCCUACUGAUGUCUUGUGUGCAGAAGACUGGAAAUGAUGAAAAGAUGCUGAUUAAGGUGUUUCGCUGCCUUGGAAGCUGGUUCAAUCUUGGUGUACUGGAUAGCAACUUCAUGGCGAAUAACCAACUAUUAAUGAUACUCUUCCAAGUCCUGCAAAGGGACGAAACUUCCACCAACCUCCAUGAGGCUGCCUCAGACUGUGUGUGCUCAGCUUUAUAUGCCAUUGAGAAUGUAGAUAACAACAUGCCGCUUGCACUGCAACUGUUUCAAGGUGUCCUGACCCUGGAAACUGCAUAUCACAUGGCUGUUGCACGGGAAGACUUGGACAAAGUUUUGAAUUAUUGUCGGAUUUUUACUGAACUCUGUGAGACAUUCCUAGAGGCAAUUGUGAGGAAUCCUGGACAGGGAAUGGGAAAUUUACGAACACUUGAGUUGCUGCUGAUCUGUGCUGGUCACCCACAAUAUGAAGUUGUAGAAAUAUCUUUUAAUUUCUGGUAUAGAUUAGGAGAGCACCUGUAUAAAAUUAAUGAUGCAGUACUUCAUGGCAUUUUUCGGCCCUAUAUCCAAAGAUUGUUGCAUGCCCUUGCAAGGCAUUGUCAAUUGGACCCUGACCAUGAAGGAAUACCUGAGGAUACUGAUGAUUUUGGGGAGUUCCGUAUGAGAGUCUCAGAUCUUGUAAAGGACCUCAUUUUUUUGGUUGGAUCCAUGGAAUGUUUCUCUCAGCUUUAUUCCACAUUAAAAGAUGGAAAUCCAUCGUGGGAAGUAACCGAAGCAGUUCUUUUUAUAAUGGCAUCAAUAGCAAAAAGUGUAGAUCCUGAAAAUAACCCUCCUUUAACAGAAGUCCUGGAGGCAGUAGUUCAGCUCCCGCAGACGGUACAUAUUGCUGUCAGAUAUACCAGCAUUGAGUUAGUUGGCGAGAUGAGUGAAGUUGUUGACAGGAAUCCUCAUUUUUUAGAUCCAGUGCUAAAUUAUUUGAUGAAGGGGUUGAGGGAGAAACCCCUGGCAUCAGUAGCUGCUAAAGCAAUCCAUAAUAUCUGCUCUGUGUGCCGAGAUCACAUGGCUCAACACUUUCAGGGGCUUUUGGAUAUUGCUCGUUCCCUCGACUCAUUUGCACUGUCUCCUGAGGCAGCUGUAGGACUUCUUAAAGGCACAGCGUUAGUUUUAGCUCGGCUUCCUCUAGAGAAGAUAGCUGAAUGCUUAAGUGACUUGUGUGCAGUACAAGUUAUAGCCCUUAAAAAGCAGCUUUCUCAGCAGCCCUGUAAUGGAAAAUCCUCCGAUCCUACUUUAUGGCUUGACAGAUUAGCAGUCAUUUUCAGGCAUACAAAUCCUAUUGUAGAAAAUGGACAGACGCAUCCUUGUCAAAAAGUUAUUCAGGAGAUCUGGCCCAUUUUAUCAGAAACCCUAAAUAAACAUCAGGCUGAUAACAGAAUUGUAGAAAGGUGCUGUAGAUGUCUUCGUUUUGCAGUGCGGUGUGUGGGCAAGGGUUCAGCUGCCCUUCUUCAACCACUAGUUACUCAGAUGGUGAAUGUGUAUCAGAUAUACCCACACUCAUGUUUCUUAUAUUUGGGGAGCAUCCUCGUGGAUGAGUAUGGCAUGGAAGAAGGCUGUCGGCAAGGGCUGCUAGACAUGUUACAGGCUUUAUGUAUGCCCACCUUUCAGUUGCUUGAGCAACCUUAUGGUCUCAGAAAUCAUCCUGAUACAGUAGAUGACCUUUUCCGAUUAGCAACAAGGUUUAUACAGCGAAGUCCUGUUACUCUACUAAGAAGUCAAAUUAUAAUUCAUAUUAUCCAGUGUGCCAUUGCUUCCACUACUCUCGAUCAUCGAGAUGCCAACUGUAGCGUCAUGAAAUUCAUGAGAGAUCUUAUCCAUACAGGCAUUUCUAAUGAUCAUGAAGAUGAUUAUGAGGUACGCAAGGAGUUAAUUCAUCAUGUAAUGUCUCAGAAUGGGCAGCAGAUGGUUAACCAACUUCUUCAGACAUGUUGCUUCUGCCUGCCCCCAUACACGUUGCCUGAUGUAGCUGAAGUCCUCUGGGAGAUCAUGUUGUUUGAUAGGCCGACAUUUUGCCGUUGGCUAGAAAACUCAUUAAAGGGACUCCCCAAAGAGACGUCUGGAGGAGCAGUGACAGUGACACACAAGCAACUUACAGACUUUCACAAACAAGUAACCAGUGCUGAAGAAUGCAAACAGGUAUGCUGGUCUCUAAGAGACUUUACAAGACUGUUCCGAUAGCUGGGUUUGCACAAUCUGCCUAAAAGAAACGGGAGUUUUGUUUAGAUGUUUGAAGAGUAUGAGACAAGAUUCAUCCCACCACGUAAUGCAAGAUGGCGAAUAUUUCAGCAUUACAGGACUUAGCUUUGAAAGAAUGAGGUGGGCAUUAAGAGUCCAUCAUACCUGGCAUAAAGAUGGCUGCAUCUGGACAGACAGCAUGAGGGGAAAUUGCUUUCCUGUGGGACUUGUGGUAAACAAGGAACUUUGGUGGUUUAAACAAAAUUCUCUGCAUCAAUUGGAUUUGUCUGAAUCAAGAAUCCAUUGACAAAAGAAUGUGCCUGGUAUUUGAAAAUAAAGACUUAUGAGGUUUUUUAAAAAAAAAAAAAAAAAAAAAAAAGAAAAUGGGAAAAAAAAAAUGCAAAUAAAAAUCGUUUAUUUUCAUGGACCAUCUCAAGAAUGACCAAACCUGGUUUGCUGUCUGUGCCAUAUAACAAUUAAACAGAAUAAUUACGCAAUUCCAGAGACAUCUUGGGAUUUGAAAGGAUGGGCUUGAAAAUUCCAGUUGCCCACAGUCUUUUUAACCAUUGGCUGGAGUUUUACCGUUCUCAUGCCAGGCUAAGCUGUGACAGACUGUCAAGUGGACACUGGCCGGAUAUUUUCUUUUCCUUCCUCUUCUAGCAGCAAGCUGGUGAGAGAAAUAACAAGGUCUGCUGCUUGGGACGAAGGGAUGUUGCUGACAUGCUGUUCCAUCUGGUGUUGUAGCCAUCUUGUGAACAAGAAAUAAAAGUCAGGACAACUACAGUC